GCCCCUCGGGCGGAAUGGACUCGUCCGCCCCUUCGAUCCAGCGGGAAAUAAAAGGACCCCUGCCAGAAGGGAACAGAGCCCAAGCUGACUCAUCUAGAGAUGCCUUCUCACGAGAUGAAAACUUGCCCAAUGGCUGCCCUGACCCCUUCCUCCAGGUGACGGCUGCCUGGUUUUCUUCUCCAUGGAUCACGCCGUGCGAUGGGCGAUCGUCCUGUCCCUCAGUGUCGUGGAUUUCAGUGCUGGUCAAUUUCGGAGCCCGAGGAUCACGGAGCACCCGACGGACAUGACGGUGGGGAAGAACGAGCCGGUGACGCUGAACUGCCAGGCGGAGGGGAAGCCUGAACCGGCGAUCGAAUGGUUCAAAGACGGGGAACCGGUGGAGACGGGGGGGAAGUCCCACCGGGUCGCCCUCCCGUCCGGCUCCCUCUUCUUCCUGAGGGUCAUGCACACGAAGAAGGAGCAGGAUGCCGGCACCUACUGGUGCGUCGCGCACAAUAGCGUCGGCACGGCCCGAUCCAAGAAUGCUACCCUCACCGUCUCAGUGCUGAGGGACGAAUUCCGGGCAGAGCCGGAGGACUCGAGAGCCGUCGAGGGAGAGACGGCAAGGCUUAGAUGCGAACCCCCGAAAGGGAACCCAGAACCCACCGUCCGAUGGAUCAAAGAUGGACAGGCACUCUUUCUCGCCGACGACGACAGACUGGAGCUGACCCUGGUGGGAGACUUGGUAAUCCGAGGUGUGGAGAAGUCCGAUGAGGGGAGAUACGUGUGCCGGGCCGAGAACGUCGUCGGCUUCCGCGAGAGCCGAAUGGCACAACUCACCGUUCACGUACCGCCCUUCUUCGUGGAGCGGCCAAAGGACGUGGUGGCGGUGGUGGAGGCAGACGUAGAGUUGGUCUGCAUGGUGGGGGGCGACCCGCUGCCGCGAGUGGCAUGGACCCGUCCCGGCGGGGUCAUGCCCUUGGGCCGAACCCAGACCCUCAACGACCAGAGGCUCCAGAUCCAUCGUGUCCUCCCCAAGGACGAGGGAGAGUACAAGUGCGAGGCCCAGAACAUCAUGGGAUCCGUGUCUGCUCGAGUCUUUCUCCACGUUCAAUCUCCACCGAGUUUCUUGGUCUACCCGGAAGACCGGAAGGUGGAAGUCGGUCAGUCCGCUAGCCUCGACUGCGAAGUGUCUGGACAUCCUUCUCCCGUCGUCUUUUGGACCAAGGGAGGCAGUCUGGACCUGAUGGUGUCGGGGAAGGGAAAGCAGCACGUUACAGUAACAGAGUCGGGGUCCUUGACCUUUGACGUGACGAGCAAGGCCGACGAAGGGAUGUAUGCUUGCGGAGGGGUAAAUGGGGCCGGUGCUGUCCUUGCUUGGGCCAAUCUUAAGGUCUUAGCUCCUGAAGAUCUUCCGCCGCCCAUCAUUCAGGUCAGUAUCAUCGAAGCACACCAGAAGACAGGCUCCCACUUCAUUCAGCCAAUUCAGACACAAUUAAUAUUUAUAUUCUGCUCUAGAACUCCAGAGCCUUCCUCAUUCCCAGGCCCUCCGUCUCAGCCUCAGCCUUUCAACGUGUCCAAGUCUUCCAUCAGCCUCAUGUGGAAUCCCAGUCGGCACCAUGGAGCUUCUGAACUUCUCGGAUACAUAAUCGAGUACUUCAGCCCGGAGCUGGGGAUGGGCUGGGUCCUGGCAGCGUAUCGGGAGAAGAGCCCAUCGUACACGGUGAAGGGGCUGAGGCCGGACUCAAGUUACAUCUUCAUAGUGAGGGCGGAGAACAAGCACGGCUUGUCCAUGCCCAGUCCCAUGUCCAAACCCAUCCGGACCCUGGGUCAGAAGGUGGGGUAUGGGGGUACGCCGUGGACGGCCGUGGAAGUCCGGCUUCGUCUGGCCGGGGUCAAGGUCAACCUCAUCAAUGCCCUGCCCUCCAGUCCCUCCGUUGUUCGACUCGACUGGGAGAUCCCCGAGAAGGACAAGGAAGUAAUGGAAGGGUUACACAUCUGGUUCCGGGAGUCCAAGAACUCCUCGUUAUCCUUCAAGCUUCGGACUGUGAUGUUGAACGGGGGAUCGCAGAACUUCGACGUAGUGGCCUUGAAACCCUGGACGGAAUAUCACUUUUUCCUCAUCCCGUUCCUCCACGAGAUCGAGGGAUCUCCGUCCAAUUCCCUUACGGCCAUCACCCUCCAGAGCACACCCAGCAUGCCUCCGGAAGAAGUGGCAGUUCAGAGGGUAAACGAUUCCUCGGCCUUUCUGCGCUGGAGGCCGCCGCCUCUCUCCUCCCUCAACGGCAUUCUGGUCGAAUACCAGUCCAAUCCAAACCUAUACUGGAACGUCUCCACUCUCCAGCUGACGAUGACGUGGAACGAGACGAGCGGGAAGAGAAUGGAAAGGAAGUUGUCAGUAGACGCCGGAAGACCGGAGAUCCACAUCCAUAACCUGACCAAAGGAACCCCAUACAUGGUGCAAGUGGCUGCGAGUACCGAGGCCGGGAUGGGCCCCUACAGCGAGCCGGUAGGGCUAGGAGCCAUCCCCAAUCCAUCCCGGCCUUCACCUGCCAACUCGGAUCUGAAGGAGGUCUCCGGUUCGGCAUCGAAGGUGAGCGUCGUGCAGGAAGUCUGGUUCAUCGCCCUGAUGGCUUGCCUACUCUUCGCUGUCUUGGGAGUCUUCGUCCUCUUCGUCUCCAUUCGGCGCCGUCUGGCUCACAAGAACAUCUUGCCUUUCCUCAAAGUAAAUGACCUGGAGAAGCAGACGACGAUGGGAGGUGGAGCUGGGAAUGGAUUUCGAAGUGGAGCCCAGGGAAGCCUGUGGAUCGACCCCAGAUGGCAGAGUGCUGUCUAUGGUCAACAGGAAAACCUGCCGCAACCCACCACUGACAAGAUCGUGAACCUCCAGGACAUGAACAUCAGCAAUGGAGGAGUUCAAGGGGAAUAUGCGGAAAUCAACAGUUUGACCACGUUCAUGGGAGCUCCUUGUGCUGCUGGAAGGACUUCUUCCCCUGCCCCAUAUGCCACGACGAAUAUUCUCAAUGGGACUUCUCAUCUUAGAGCUGAAAUGAAUUUCAUGGAGGCAGGUGAUCACUUGAAACCAGUCGCAGACCCGUUCCUCAACAAUCUCCUGUUGAAGAAUCUAGAGCGGGAAGGAACUCUGAAGAGGAGUAAAGAGCACAAAUUUUCUGAACCCAACUUCCGAAGCACAGAUGAGGACACCCGGAGUCUGAGGGAAACACUUCGACAUUCUCGAGACCUGGAUCUUAUCCUUCGUUCUGAAUCACCCAACUUCAUGGAGGAGCCCAGCUUGUGGAAGCCCUACCCAGGCUACCAGAUGGAGACCCAGGAUUUUGGUACUUCGGGGGAUGGCCUCAGUAUGCCCACUGUAGUGCACAAGUUCCGGACCCUCAAUCCACGACCAGUGCGACAGGGACAAGGGAAGAGGAAGAACCGGCACAGUCCAUCGGGGUCCCGGAAGCAGCGAUACAGUCCCCGGGGGAGUGGAAUGCGCGAGGACAACAUCUAUGAGUCUCUCUCCCCUGUUGACUCCCUCCCAAACCUGGAUCAAGAAUUCAUGCAAAACCGACAGCCACUUCUUACCGCCGACUACUUCCAUGCACUCAGGGAUGAUGAGGGCAGGGAAAUGAGGCAACUGGAGAGGGAAGAGGAAGACGAAGUCCAAAGCGAUGAUGGAAGCAACUACGACAACACCAAAGUGAUGAAGCUGAAGCAGUUGAAUUUGCCACUGGAGGCGGAUCUACCUCCCUAUCUCCUCCCUUAUGCCAAUCGGUCCUACCUGGACAGGCCGCCUCCACCACCUUACCAGCCGAAGACCGGGAACAAGAAACCUCGGUCGAACUCCAAGGUCUCCAACACUCUUAACAGGUCUCUCAUGGAAUCAUAAAACGGGUGCACUAUUCUGCAAUUGAUACAUUCCCCCUAGGGCAAUUCUGCAAGUCGGUAAGCCCUAGAAGUUCUAGAUUUGCCCAGGGACGUUGCAAUAUUGCCUCCAAGGAAAAUAAGGAAAGAUGUAGAACAUAAAAAGCAAAGGUUACGAUAUUGUCUUAGGUACGAUGAUGGUGGCUUCUGUACGUGCUAUUGUGAUGCUUUCUUUUGUGAACCCACAUUCCCUCAAAUAGUGAGAUGAUCGACGUGAGAGUGAAGUGGGGUUUGUUUUCUCUCCAGUGAUCGAAUUGUGGUGAAUCUCCCCUUUAAAUAACUAGUCCUAGCCUCAGUGAUCAUCCAAUAAAGUGCUUCUUCG